CAUCUUCUCUGUUGCUUCAGCUACCAUUUUCUAUCUGUUUUCUUCAAGAGCCUGCCAGUUUUCUUUUGUCUCACAAAUAUUUUUCUUCAAAUUUUAUGAAAUAAGAUUUCUUUUUGGAUAAACAAGGUGCAAAUCCAAUGGAAGGCAUUAUAGUUAGAAGAGUCAUUCCUUCAGACAACAGUUGCCUCUUCAAUGCGGUUGGUUAUGUGAUGGACCAUGACAAGAACAAAGCUCCUGAACUAAGACAGGUUAUUGCAGCAGCUGUUGCCAGUGACCCUACAAAAUAUUCCGAAGCUUUUCUUGGGAAGCCCAAUCAAGAAUAUUGUGAAUGGAUUCUUAACCCAGAAAAAUGGGGUGGUGCCAUAGAGCUUUCCAUACUCGCAGAGUUUUAUGGGCGUGAAAUUGCAGCUUAUGAUAUACAAACUACACGUUGUGAUCUGUAUGGGCAGGAAAAUAACUAUCAUGAACGAGUCAUGCUGAUUUACGAUGGGCUCCAUUAUGAUGCUUUGGCUAUGUCUCCUUCGGAAGGGGCUCCAGAGGAGUUUGAUCAGACAAUUUUCACUGUGCAGAAGAACCGAGGCAUUGGCCCGAUUGAAGGGCUUGCUCUUAAUCUGGUUAAAGAGCAGCAAAGGAAGAGGAGCUACACAGAUACUGGCAACUUCACUCUGCGGUGCGGGGUUUGCCAAAUAGGGGUUGUUGGCCAGAAGGAGGCUGCAGAGCAUGCACAAGCAACAGGACAUGUUAACUUUCAGGAAUACAGAUGAAACCAGAGAGAGAGAUCAAGUUUAUCAUCUUCAAUUCUUUUGGUGAAGCUGCAUUUCAAUGGAGGGAAUAUUUCAUGUUGUUGUACAACAAGCACAACCAAUAAAAAUUUGGCGAUAUAUCUAUCAGUGUUGUGAAGUAGGACGACAUAUACACACAAACAAAGCAGACACCAACAAUCUGUCUGUGCUUCUGUAUUGUAUUGUAUUGGAUUUCUACAACUUUGGUUUAAUUUACUUUGAUCAACACAUUUCUUUCUUCAACUUCAUGAAA